CUUAAUGGUGGAACUCUGCAAGGAAUGGUGAAGCUGACUGCAGGUGGAGUAGCUCGUAACAUCGCAGAUGCUCUUGGAAAAUUAAUGCCCAAUAGCCCGCCUACGUUCAUUUCAGCCAUUGGAAAUGAUUCGGUGGGCCACUUGUUAUGGAAAUCAAUACAACACGUGGAUUCCAAUUGUGUGAUCAAAAGUGGUCAAAAUUCAUCAUUUUUGUUGGUUCUACUCGAUCAACAAAGAGACUGUGCUGUAUCAAUUGGCGAUAUGAGUAUCAACGGCUGUAUUACUCCGGAAAAGGUUAUGAAAAAUGAAGAAGUUUUUGGAAAUUGUUCCUUGAUCGUUUUAGAUGCGAAUUUAUCUGAGGAUACCAUCAGUUGCAUCUUGACUCUGGCUCAAGAAAAACAUAUUCCUGUCUGGUUGGAACCAACCGAUCCCUGCAUCGCGACGAAACCAUUUCACGUCACCAGAUCGCCUGAUCAAAUCCACUAUUGUUCUCCGAAUCUACAAGAAUUGCAAAAAAUCGUCUCGUAUCUGAAUGGAACUCCAAUUUCGAACAUUAGCGCGAACAAGAACGAUGUAAACGAAGUCAUAACCGAAGCUCGAGAUUUAUCUCUACGUUUACUGCCAUUGAUACCGAACAUGAUGGUAACUCUGAGUAGACACGGAAUUCUGAUGGUGACGUUAAAGCAGGAUAAACCAAAGGCGACGUAUUACAAAGCUAUUGAACUAAAUUCCAUAGAAAAUGUAUCAGGAGUCGGCGACUGCUUGGCAUCUGGGUACAUCGCGGCGAUGUUGAAUGGAUGUGCGGAGAGUGAUUGCGUACGUGUUGGUUUAAAUGCUGCAGUUCAAUCUCUUCUUUCAUUGCAAACUGUUCCGGAUGGAUUACGUUAUGGUGUGAUUGAGAAGCCGGUGUCGAGUAUCGAGAUACCCUUAACAGGUGAAGUGAACGUAGGAUGAGGAUCCCCAAAAAAAGAAAAGAAAACUGAGGAUGUGAUAUUUGUUAUGAAUGAUUUUUUUAUUUUAAUUGUAUGGGCAAAGAAUGAAUAUAUUUUUUUAUUAUUAUUUUA